CAGCGACAACUAUUACGGCAUUCUCGGAAAAGGUUCCCCAACCAAGUAGUACAAGAAAACCCGGCUAAAGAUAUUCUAGCAUCAUGCGCAUCACGUUAAUCAGUCUUUUCCUUCUGGCCAUUUGUCUUCUGGCCCGAGCAGAUGUCUCUCAGUUGGUGAGGUCUGGCAAUGGAUUUGUGUACGACGUGCCCAAGGUCACGGAACUGGAACUGGAGGUCAACAAUGAGUUUCCCACGGGCGAGGAGUUCCCCCAGGAUGCCAUCCCAGUGGCUCCUUCCGAUGCGGAACUUGGCCAGGCCGAAGAAGAACUUGAGGAACCAGUGGUCACAGCAGCAUCCAGCCCGCAGCCCUCGAAGAAAAUCCAUGGCUACAAAUACCAGGUGCCCAGCCGGCGUUUCAAGAGCUAAACAAAUCCACGCCUUAGUAAUUUGAAUUUGUACCAAAGUUUCGUAAAGAUAAUAAAAAAAUAAAAUCAAAUUGAAAAACUA